AUGUAUUUAUUACCACCAAAUUUUAAUACAAAUAUUUCAUCGAUAGAACAUGAUCAUAGAAAUAUUGACCAUCAUAUCUCUUCAAUGGAAAUACAACAAUCUAUGAGUCCUUUCAAAACUAACCGUGAUAUGAAUCAUAAAAGCGUGGCAUUAGCAUACUCUUUGCAACCGAAUCUAUCUCAAGACUAUUACAAUGGGAAUAUGCAUCAAAAUAAUCUAUCAGUCUCUCCUAUGAAUUCUAGUGUCUGUACAAGAAUUUGUGAUCCAAUUUUAAUUACGAAAAAAUCGGGAAAGAUACAAUUGCCAGAGUUCAAUACCUCAUUGAACCAUAACACUUGCGAAAGACGUGGAUGCCCUUGCUUAAGUCAAGGAAUGAAGUAUGAAAAUUUGCCACAGCCAUAUUCCGUUACAAAUCAACAGAACAUGUGGACACAGUCUAAUUCUUUAUGUCCACUAUCAUCAUCAUCAUCAUCUAUAAUAGCAUCUACUGUCCCAUCAACAAAAACAGAACGAAAGUAUAAAAGAAGAAUUAAUCAGUCUCCUGUAGUAGAACAACAACGAUCAUCUCGAUAUCUGAAUACUACUACUCAGCCAAUAUUUCUGAAUAACUGUUCUUCUUUACUAUUACCAUAUAAAACAAAUGCUCUUCAUAGACUUGAUAAAUAUAGAUCUCCAGUGAAUUUCAUACGCACAACACAUUUGACACCACUAUCACUACCGAACUUAAUGAUGUCGUCAAAUAUCCCAUCAACUAUGAUAUAUAAUAAGUCUAGGCCGAUUAGUACUUCACCGUCUCUAUCAUUAUAUUCGACAAUUGACACCUUCGAACAAUGCCCCCGAAUAUCAGAGCAACUUUUACCAGUGCAGAAAUUGAAUCUUGGCGAAAAUAACAACCAUAAAUGUUCUACAAACAAUCUAAUGUACAAUUUACCUUAUUGUAUGGUUAAUUGCAAUCGGAUACCCAUAACUACACCACCUGUAACAUAUUCUUCUGUUUUAUCGUCAGUAAAUACUACUGGACAGUCUCUAUCAAUUUCAACUAGUAAGAGGAAAAACAGGAGACGAGCACAUCUACGAGAAUCGAAAAUCAUUCAAAACUUUGCAUCAAACAUGUUGAUCAAUGGCAAUAGCAUGGUUCCUACACAUCUGGUGGCGGAAGAAUCCGUUCUACGAGAAAAUAUACGAAAGACAUCGAAAAUUAAUAGUAGUCAAGCAAAGGCUUUAAUACGACGUAUAAAACAAAGAAAUAAAUUGGCUAUUCUGAAAUUCAUGAUACAAAAACAGCAAAGGUCGAAGAAAAAGAUUACUGAAGGCAAGACGGUGACGGAAAAACUAGAUGUUAAUAUCACAAAAGCAUCACAGGAAAUAAAGUUACCAGAUAAUAUUGCGCUUAAUUUAAAAAUUAAUUUUAAUGUGGCUCAAGAAAUAGAUACUAUAUCUUUGCAUUAUUAUCAGCGACAUAGACCAGAAAUUACAAAAGAAACAACUUUCAUAACAUCAAACAGCACGGUUAACAAACUAGGCUUAUUGAUUGAAGCUGUUAACUUUAUUGAAAAGUAUAAUGAAACACCACAACUCACACUGGAAUCAAAUAAAUGA